GAGCUCAACUUCAAGCUCAGUUCCUCAACUUCGGCGCCCGACGCCCCACGUUCUCGGCCGCUCUCUCGUCCGUCGCGUGUUUUUCCGCGAGGAUCGCGCCGAAUUUCCGCCGGAAAAUUUUUUCCUUUUCCUCCCGACUCGUGUUUGUGUCCGUGGUGUGUCUUGCGGUGGCAUGAGCACGUGUUUUGAUGAAGACCCUUAAACGCCAAAACCUGGAUUUUCCCCCCUGAAAACUAUCGCUCCCGGCAUUUACCGGUAGUUUUUAAAUCGCGUUCCUUACCGCCCGCCGCUCAAACCUGAUUGAUUCUCAAACUCUCGACCGAAUUCUUAUCUCUCUAGACCUAGUCCAAGUUUUGAGCACCGUCUCAUAGUCAACGUUCACCAAACCGGACGUAACAAUUAUUUUCUUUCUUCAUUUUUUUAAUAGCAUAAUGGAUUAAAAGAGACAAGAACUCUUCUGAAGUUCGAAGAUCUGAAGUUAAAUACUACGUGUCUGAAGUGGUUUAAUUGUUUGCUUUUGGCCUUCCGUUUCAAGUUUUUAUAGUUUAAAUUGUGUUCGAUUGGUUGGAAUUUCUAAUUAGUUAUCGAUCCUUAUUUAUGGUGCAACCAUUCAAGCCGAUGAUCUAGGCCCUGAGAGCGAUGCAGAAGUGAUCACUCGGAUUUCCUCGUUUGAACAGACGUGUCUCGCGUUGAGUCGGUAUACAGUAACGCGUAGUUCAGUAAUAUUCAACCUUGAUGUUUUAGCAUUCGCGAUCUGGAAAAUGCGCGAAAAUAACUUGACCUGAUAACCGUGUGCAAUUUUACAAUUCCUUGAGACUGCAUUCAAGUUAAAAAUUCAUUGAAUGAGUACAUCAUGCUCUAAAAGAAAAAAAUAAUAAGCAAGGUGGGUUGCUUUCCAUCUCGCAUUUUUUCGCGUGUGGCGCAAUUUUUCUUUCGCGAGGUGUUAUUUAUAUUGAUGGUUACGGGAUUUUAGUGAUACAAUGACGAAAGUACGGUUUUGUGAUGAAAAUUGCAAAGAGUUACUCGGUCCCUCGCACGCGAUAACCGGUUGUGCGGUGUUUUCUAAAGUGUCGCAGGUGAUCAAUCAGCACUGGAUGCUGAGAUGAAUUCAAUCGUGAUUUGAAACGGAAAGAAAGUCAUGUUAACUUGCUACAUUCUCUGCUCUCUCUUUCUUCUGCUAACAUUUGGAACCCCAACAUCUGCUGGAAUAGACGGUAGCCUCGGGCCGUCAUUAUACUUGGCUGGGACGGAGGGCAAUCCAAACUUCACACAGCCCAUUGGCAAUGUCACCGUACAUUUAGGCAAAGAAGCCGUCCUCAAGUGCCAGGUGAAAGACUUGGGCAACUACAAGGUGGGUUGGAUUCGCGCGGAGGACCAGACCAUCUUGGCGCUGCACACACGUGUUGUGACCCACAGUGCCCGCUUCUCCGUGUCCCACGACGCUCUCAACGAGUCGUGGAACCUCCAUAUUCGGCAGAUCAAGGAGACCGACAGGGGCUGCUACAUGUGCCAGGUCAACACUAGCAUCAUGAAGAAGCAAGUCGGAUGCAUCGACGUUUUUGUGCCUCCAAAUAUAAUUGACGAGAAGUCGAGCUCUGACGUCACAGUGCGGGAGGGAGAAGACGCAACUCUGGCAUGCCGAGCCGAAGGACACCCUUUGCCCCGGAUAACGUGGCGAAGAGAGGAUGGCUCCUCCAUACUCAUGAAAAAUAACGGCAAGGAAUUAAUGAAAGUGGAAAACUUCAGCGGCGAGGCACUAACUUUGGUGCGGGCGGACCGACGUCAAAUGGGAGCUUACCUGUGCAUCGCUUCGAAUGAUGUCCCGCCAGCAGUCAGCAAGAGGAUCACACUCUACGUAACCUUUGCUCCAGUGAUCAAGGUACCAAACCAGCUCCUCGGUGCCCCAUUGAACACUGACGUCACUUUGGAGUGCAAUGUCGAGGCCUUUCCCAACACCGUCAAUUACUGGGUCCGCGACAACACGGAAAUGCUGCUUGAAGGGCCUAAGUAUGCUGUAGAAGAGACAAGAUCGAGCUACAAAGUGAAUUUGCGACUUACGCUGCGAAGGAUAAGCGCUGCAGAUCUAGGUCCUUACGUCUGCCUGUCGACCAAUUCUCUCGGCAGAGCUGAUGGAACCGUGCGACUAUCAGAGAUCCAAAUCCCAACUACUCCAUCAACUACGAGGAGACCAACUCCAACGACAUCAACCACCGUUACCGAGAGAAUAACAACCCCUCGGCGAUUCGUCACGAGACCGUAUCGUGUACCCUCCACUUCACCUGCUGCUUUAGAGAAGAAGAUGAAGGAAUCCUCUUACGAGUCUAGUCAAAACUCAAUCAGCAACCAAAAAGGGAACAUGAACCUGAAAAUGAAGGCCACGAGCUCUUGCGCAAGCCUUUUUCAGUUCAGCUCUUUAUUAGUCCUAAUUACUCCCGUCCUGCGUUUUUGGUACAGUUGACAAUCACUGUCCUUCUGUAUGUAAAUAAACCACCAUGACAAAGUGAUCACAACUGUUGAGGCGACAAGAUGGAAGUCUCCUUCAAAUUUCUCGUGCUCUACCCAACUGUCUUCAAAAAUCAGCAAAUCAAGCCCAUGGUGAAUUGGACAAAGGGAAACCCGUGCGAUUGAUCUGAACUGCAAGUUAAAUGAAACCAUUUACUCUAUGUAGAGAAGGAGCCUUGUUGUCAAAAAGCUUUAAAUUAAAUUCUUAGGUAUGUCUCUGCAAGGAGAAGCGUUUCACGAAAAGCUCAGCAUGAAAGACAUUCAAAUUUUUUAAAGAAAUCCAUAAUCAUAACGGUUUAUGGCGUAUGCUAUUUUAGAAACGUUUUUUUAAGGAAAUACGUUUUUAAUUUUCUAUUUACCGUGAUUAGUGCUCAACAUUAUCAGUUAGGAACGUAACGUCACAACCCAUGUUAGCACAAUACGCAGUAUUAUUGGAUCACAAAUCAAAUCGUCAUUUGGCUGACAUAAGGGCGUAACUACACAUUGAGAUGAGCCCGGAAAAGCAUUGAAUUGUACGGAAGACAGGGUUCAUUGCAGAGUGCAGUUACGCCCUUACGUUAGGCAGGCGACAAAGUGUCUGCCUUCUGUUGGCACUAAAAUUAACCAGCUUGGCCGCAGUUUAUUCUUGAGAAACUUCUGAAUUUUUGUCAUCGAAAAACCUUAACUCUGAAAAGUGUAUGUCCACGCGAUAAAGUAUCUUUCCCGCUGUAGGGUCUCAAUUGAUUGAGAUAAUGUUAAAAAGAAAAAAAAUGAGAGAAAAAAUCUCUGUAUCCAUUGGACACUAAAAAUUAUGCUAAGAUUUAAAUUGAAGUAGGAGCGUAUAUUUUUAAACACCACAAUCGAAACUUGUGGUUUUGCAGUCCCACAGCCGGUUUUAAUACAAUCUCUAAACUAGGAUCCUCUCAGAAAAAAUAUUGGUUAGAGCAUAUAAAUAGGGCAUCUUUGCUUUCGAUGCACACGUAUACGUUGGUGUGUGGCAUCAUUUCAAAUUUUUACUGCACUUCUCGUCUUGAGUUGGCGAAUGGAAGUUUCAUGUUACUGUGAUUAACGAUAACAGCUAAAGGCUGUAUUUAGACUAAGUGGUGCUCUUUUAUUGAUUUUUCAAAAAUGGUCUAAUUGAACAAUCUAGCUUGGUUUCAUCUUUAAAGCUAUCAGUUUUCACUUUUAAAUCAUUACCGGAAACAGCGAAGUUUCCCUCGAUUGUCCGUGUGUGGUAUAAGAAGUGUUCGCAUGAUAAUCCCCAUUCCAUUUUCACUCUACAUCAACAACUCGUGGGUCUACUUUCAUCAUAUGUAGACAAUAACUUUCACAGGCAAUGGGUAUAUGAGGUUUUGGAAUUUGAACACUGCUCAAACUGCUCAACACUGCUGUUUCACGCGAAAAACUUAAACUGAAGCUAUGUAAAUUUUAGAAUUAGCUUGCUCAUAAAAUUGUUUGUUUUUGCGCAAGUAAAUUUUUAGUUUGUCUUAAUUUCAAUGAAGUGUUUUGCUAUAAUUGCCAUAAAUACUUGUUGAAUCGCAAUGAACCACUUGACAAUGUGCGAAUAUGAGAAUUAUGACUCAAGUUCCCUUAUCAAAAUUUCACGUGGAACAUGAUUUGUACAACGAAAAUUACUGAUAGUAACUCCGAUCGAAGAUAGAUGAGUUAACGUUUUUCGCUGCAUUAAUUCAAAAUUCCUGCUCAUGGAAAGAACAACAAUCUACUUGAGUAAAUCAAACAGCAAACGUUACAACAUGAACUAUCUCCGUGGUAUUAUAAUUUGGAAACUCCAAACUCGGCGCCCCGGCUCAGCUGGUGCACGUUGUUCACACUUUGUUGGUGCUAAAUAAAAACGUUGACAGCUUAGUUACGAAUUUAUUCCAGAAAUUGUUGUUGUGCAAAUCAUGCUCUGAGUAAAAUGUUGAAGGAUUAUUCUUAUCAGAGUGUUGGAAUUCGUACCCUGACUUGUGGUCCAUUGAAAGAACACGCUGAAUGAAUAACCGUCCGGGGUUUUUAUCUGUUUUCAUAAAAUUAUCAGUUCUGAGUUAAAUCGAAUUUUGACAAUGAUAAAGAGGUUAUCCUCCGUCAUCGUUCUCUGUAGAAAUAUUGGAUACUACUUCCCUAAAAUAGGUCAAUAUGACAUUCCGGUCAGUUUCAGUUGUUAUGAAAACGACCACGAUUUAUGGUUAAAUCGAAAGAUUAAUUAUACCACCCUAUUUUGAGCGCGUUUAAACGUUCAAGCCAUCGUUUGAAUCUUUGAAAGAUCCUGUUUUUAUUGUGAAUAAGUGUAAGUGAAUGUUCAUUCGAUGUUUUUAUUCCUGUUAGGCCAUUUAUAUCCCUCGCGAACCUCUCGAAGGCCCUUUUCCACCCAACUUGUAAAUAUAUUCUUGUUCUUAAAAUUCUUUAUUUUGUAAUAAAGUUGUAUCUGUAGAAAAUUAUAAAAUAAAUCACAUAUCAACAGUAA